UCUGACGACUUUCACUGCAGCUCAUCAGCUGGAAUACACACAUUUGGUUCCAGUCAACAUGCUUCUUCUUUUGAGUGUUUUCUUCCUCCCAGCUGUUUUGGUUCAUUGUGCCGUUAAAGAAGCCCGUCUCUUAAUCACUGCACCGAAGAGUCUGGAAGCAGUGACUGGAUCCUGUUUGAUGAUCCCGUGUCGCUUCAGACCUGCUUCAGAGGAGGAGUUUGACAACAAGAGAAAAAUAGUUGCUGUGUGGAUUAAAGAUGACUCAAAUUUUAAAGAUCAUCCAGACAGAAUAGUUUUUAACAGCAGUAAUGCAGUUAACUACCCUUAUAUCAGCAUCAUUGGAGACCUGAAAGAAAGAAACUGCACCACCAAGUUUAACAGAUUCAAACUUUUGAAUACCACAAAGUUCUUCUUUAGAAUUGAGAAUGAAUCAUACAAAGCAACAGCUAUUUCCGAUCCUGUUCUAAUAAAACUGAAAGAUUCUCCUCCGAGGCCCAGAUUAGAAGUCUCAGGUGAUCUGAAGGACCUGAAGGAGAAGGAGUCUGUCACGAUAACCUGCUCAGCUCUCACUCCCUGUCCACACUCCCCUCCUCAACUCACCUGGAGCCUCCAACAAGACGCUCACAGCCAAACUGAGCAAAACACAGACGGAACCUUCAGCACUCAGAUCCAGAAGAACCUCACUCUGUCAGACACACAUGAUGGAGUCAACCUCAGCUGCUCUGCUGUGUAUCCUGUUGAUGGAGGAGAAGCUGUGAAAACACCUGAGACAGAGUUAACUCUCAGUGUUUCAUAUGCUCCUAAAGACACGACAGCCUCCAUCAGUCCAUCAGGGAGCUGGGUGAACCUGACCUGCUCCAGCAGAGCCAAACCUGCCGUCAGCAGCUUCACCUGGUUCAAGAACAGCGACCAUGGAGCCAUCAGAGUGUCUGAAGGAGACUUUUACAGCUUCAAUGUGGCCGACAUAACAGAUCCAGCAAGUUUUUACUGUGUGCCUGAAAAUGCUCUGGGUAAUCAGACGUCAUCAUGGAUUCAUGUGAACAAAACAGGUAAAAGGGACGACACCACUGUGGUCUGGUACUUCAUCUGA